AAGAAGAAUGAUUUCCACUGGGGCCCGAGAGCAGCAACAAGCCUUCACCCAGAUCAAGCAGGAGAUUGCCCAUGCAGUAGCCCUUGGCCCAGUCAGGACAGGACCAGAUGUGAAGAAUGUGCUUUACUCUGCAGCCGGGAACCAUGGUUUGUCCUGGAGCCUUUGGCAGAAGGCGCCUGGUGAGACUCGAGGCCGACCACUGGGAUUUUGGAGUCGAAGCUAUAGGGGGUCUGAAGCCAACUAUACUCCAACAGAGAAGGAAAUUUUAGCAGCCUAUGAAGGAGUUCAGGCCGCCUCGGAGGUGAUCGGUACAGAAGCACAACUUCUCUUGGCACCCCGACUACCGGUGCUGGGGUGGAUGUUCAAAGCAAAGAUUCCCUCCACCCACCAUGCCACCAGUGCCACAUGGAGCAAGUGGAUUGCCCUCAUCACGCAGCGCGCCCGGAUUGGAAAAUUGAAUCGCCCUGGGAUUUUGGAGAUAAUUACAAACUGGCCUGAAGGUGAAAACUUUAGUCUUGCAGAUGAAGAGGAGGAAGUGGCACAUGCUGAAGAAGCGUCACCAUAUAACCAACUGCCAGCAGAAGAAACACACUAUGGUCUUUUCACUGAUGGCUCUUGCCGCAUUGUAGGAAUGAAAUGGAAGUGGAAAGCAGCCGUAUGGAGUCCCACACGACGAGUUGCGGAAGCUACUGAAGGGGAAGGUGGAUCGAGUCAAUUUGCUGAACUCAAAGCGGUUCAACUGGCCGUGGACAUUGCUGAAAGGGAGAAGUGGCCAAAACUCUACCUCUACACUGAUUCAUGGAUGGUAGCCAAUGCUCUGUGGGGGUCGCUGGAGAGGUGGAAGAAAGCUAAUUGGCAGCGUAGAGGAAAACCAAUUUGGGCUGCUGAUGAGUGGAAAAACAUUGCUACCAGGGUAGAGAAGCUACCGGUGAAAGUUCGUCAUGUAGAUGCCCAUGUCCCCAAGAGCAGAGCCAAUGAGGAACACCAAAACAACCAGCAAGUAGAUCGGGCUGCAAAGAUAGGGGUAUCAAAGAUAGACUUGGAUUGGCAACACAAGGGGGAAUUGUUCUUGGCACGAUGGGCCCAUGAUGCCUCAGGCCAUCAGGGUAGAGAUGCCACUUUUAAGUGGGCACGAGAUCGAGGGGUGGAUCUAACCAUGGACAGUAUAUCUCAGGUAAUCCACGACUGUGAGACAUGUGCUACCAUCAAACAGGCCAAGCGGGUAAAGCCCCUGUGGUACGGUGGGCGGUGGUCCAAGUACAGAUAUGGGGAGGCCUGGCAGAUUGACUACGUCACACUGCCCCAGACACGCCACGGCAAGCGUUAUGUGCUCACAAUGGUAGAAGCCACCACAGGAUGGUUGGAAACCUAUCCUGUGCCUCAUGCUACGGCCCGUAACACCAUCCUAGGCCUUGAAAAGCAAAUUCUUUGGAGGCAUGGUACCCCUGAGAGGAUUGAGUCCGACAAUGGAACUCAUUUCAAGAACAGCCUUAUCAACACUUGGGCUAGGGAACAUGGUAUUGAGUGGGUGUACCAUAUUCCCUACCAUGCACCAGCUGCAGGAAAAGUAGAGAGGGACCAGGUUGUACAUGGUGGAUAAUGCAGAGAGAUGGAAGAACACGAUGUGUACCUCAGGGAGAUCUGAUUGUUGGGUGAGAACUAUGUAUAAAUAUCACUGUUUGCUGAAUACUGCUGCCAUUGUCUGUGUAUAGUUGUAUAUUAGAUGUAUAAUGUAUCUAUUUAUAGGGUUUGAAUAUAUAUAUAUUAGUUUUAGUAGUAAGCUGACGAUAUGGGGAUAAGGGGUGGAAUGUCCUAGGGUGGCUGUAUGAUGCCUUUAUCCCCAAUCGUCUGCCCUGUUUAUGUUGAAGUCUUGUUCCAAGAGUGAAAGGAGGAGGGAAGAAGCUCAGGGUUUGUUUUCAAAAAACUCACUCCCUCCUCCACAUUCCUGCUCCAGGACGGUGUUGUCUGCAGACGGACGG